AUGAGUAAUAAAAAUAUAAGCCAUGUCCUAAAAGAGCUUAAAGGUCCACCUAACAACACGCUUAAAAUACUUGCUGGAAAAAAUUUUUUAAAAGCACCAGAAGGAUCUUUAUUAAAUACUUAUAAAAACGCUGUUAUAAAGACCCUUUUCGACGAUAAAAAGAUUGGAGUAUUGAACAGUAUUGCCGCUGUUUUUAUGGAUAAUAGAUUAACGUUAUUCUCUAAAAAUAUCAUCCUUAAUCAAGUAGACCACUUCAAUACUACUCUUGAUUUUAUAACAAGUACUCCUGCUUUAAAGAUAGAAAAAUUCAAUGGAACUGAUGUUGGAUGUAUAUCCAUCUGGUAUAAUCAGUGUCUAAAAUUUUAUGCUCUGACACCAAAUGAACAAUUUGGUAUGGAUGAUAAAAAUACCGAUCAAAAUUCUUUAUACCCUUAUUACUACCGCUUAUAUGAUUUGAAAAUUAGCUCAGGUUAUAAAGAAUUAGAACAAAAAAUUAAAGACUUAGAAGAGAAAAUUAAAAUUUUACAGCUAAAUGUAACAUCAAUCGCAGCAAAACCUGGACCUCAGGGUUCUCCUGGUGAUAAAGGUGAUAGAGGUAUGCCAGGCCCUGCAGGCUUUAAUGGUACACAAGGUCCAAAGGGAGAAGAUGGAAUAGGUGCUGAAGCUGCUAAUCAGCUUGUAAAUACAGUGAAGCAAGUAAAAGUUGAAAUCAGCAAUAUUCAAAAAGUAGUAGAGGCUGAUAAAAAUGCUGCUGAAAAUGCUACUAGAAAAGCUCAAAGCUCUGAGUCCCAGGUUACAAGACUACACAGACAAACAGAAAUUCUUACACAAAAGGCUGAAGAGUCUAAGAAUAAAGCAAUGCAAUCACAAAUAAGUACAGAAGCUUUCAGUAAUCAAGUAAAAGAGGUAUUUUGUAAAACAAAACCCGAAGAUCAAUUUUGCAUCGCACACAGAAGGAAAAGAGAAACGAAAAUCUUUGACAGUCAGCUAUUGACAAGUGGAGCAAAUAGACCAACUUCAUUUAUAUCUCAAGCAAUAACUUUCUUUUCCCCUUUUAUGCAGGGGGAUAAAUACAAACAAGUAAUAACUUUCUUUUCCUCUUUUAUAGGAGAAGAUAAAUACAAAAUAGAAAAUAUAAGACAAGAGCUUACCCACACAGCAAAAAUGAACUAUGCAUCUAUAGGAGAAGAUAAAUACAAAAUAAACAAUACAAUACAAAAUCAGAACCAAACAACAAAAAUGAACUAUGCAUCAGGUGUUGUGGAAAAUUUUGAAGAGGUAUUAGGAAACACUGCUUUACAAUGCGGUAUUUCAAGAAAGAGCUUAGAGUAUAAUCCAGUAACACUACACUCAACUAUUGUUGAUAAGUCAUUUAAUGAUGAUGAGCUGUUGAAAUUCUUGUGUUUAACUGCAAAAAAAUCAUGUCCAGAAUGCAAACAAAUUAACAAAUUUUUAGCUGCUUUUAAAGAUAGCAUGCAAAGAACAUUAGCAAAUGAUGUGCAGUAUCACAGAAGUUUUUCUAAUAUUGAGAAAAUAGUAGAUAAUGAGCAGCCAAAAAGUUUCAUGAGUGAUAUCACUUCUCUAAGAAACAUAAGUGAAAUUGGUCAGAUGGUUGCUGGAUAUUUAAGGGGGUAAAAAUACAAAAAGUAUACAUUUAAAAUGUGUUUUUAAUAGUGAGGAAAAAGUAGGCAAUAAGCAACCUAUGAGUGAUAUCACUUCUUUAAGGAACAUAAGUGAAAUUGGUCAGGUGGUUGCUGGAUAUUUAAGAGGGUGAAAAUAUGAAAAAAUAUACAUUUAAAAUAGAUAUUAAUAACGCUUCGUCUUACGAUAGACUGAUAAAAAAACUUCCUACCGCGUAUUAUAGAUUAGUAAGAAAUGUAGGAGAAGAAGGGUACACUCUUCAUUCACACAACAAGCCAGCAUCAAUAAGUAAGCUUGAUCAGCUAACUUUGCAGUGGAAUGAUUUGAACAACAAAAUGGUUUUAUAUUAUAACGAUUCAGCUCUGAAAGCAAAUGAUAAUAAUGAUGAAUUCAUUAUAACACAAGAAGAUUUUAUAGAUAGCACUCACACUCAAGAGAUUAUUACAAAACUUAAAUCAGAACCAGAAAUAGGAAAGUUAGUUUCACUUUCUAAUAUACCAGACUCUGGUAGUUUUGGUAUCGCGAUUCCAGUUAAUGAUGACAUAUAUAACACGCUAAAUUUCAUCAAUUUCCAUAAUAAAACUGAUCCAGUGUUACAAAGUAUCACGAAAAGAACAGACGGACUUUAUUUUACAAUAGAAGAUAGUAGUCAAAAUUAUUCUAGGAAUGCUUAUAUAUCAGAUAAAUCUGGAAAUAUUUUAAGAGGGUAUGAGAACUCUCCAUAUCGAUUUUCCUUAUAUCCUUAUUACUACCGCUUACAUGAUCUGGAGAUAAAAGAAGAAUUAGAAAAAAAAAUUCAAAGUUUAGAAGAAGAACUUAAGAAUGUAAAAACAACUCCUGGUCCAGAUGGUCCUCCAGGCACUAAAGGUGAAAAAGGUGAGCUAGGUAAUAAAGGUGAUUCAGGUAGUAGAGGUGAGAAAGGGAACCUAGGUGAUACAGGCCCACGAGGUCCUAUAGGUAAUCCAGGUGAACAAGGUCCUAAAGGUUUUAAUGGCACACAAGGUGAAACUGGUCCUAGAGGUGACGUUGGUUUGAGAGGUGAAAAAGGGGAACCAGGUAAUAGAGGUGAUGUUGGUUUUAGAGGUGAAGAAGGCUCUAAAGGUGCACCAGGAGAGAAAGGCCCGAAAGGAGAAGAUGGAAUAGGCGCUGCAGAUGCUAAUAAACUUAUAAAUGAAAUGAGUAACACAAGCGUUGCAAUCAGCAAUAUUCAAAAAGCAGUAGAGGCUGCUGAAAAUGCUACUAAAAAAGCUCAAGAGCUUGCCCUCAAAGUCACAACAUUAUACAGACAAACAGAAAUUUCCGCACAAAGGGUUGAAAGAUCUAAGGAUGUAGCAACACGAUCACAAAGAAUGAUAGAGACUUUCAGUCAUCAAGUAAAAUAUAUGUUUUGUCAAACAAAACCUCAAGAUCAA